CUUGUCAUUCAGACAUCCCAGGAAUUCAACGCGACUACGAACAAGCCACCUCGGCACAACAAGGACGUUUUCAGUUAAACCCUCGUCCUUGUUGUCGAGAAAGGUCAAGGAAGCAUCGCUUCUUGUCAAAAUAGGACAACUGUCGAGAAACGCAGCAGCUAAGGCCACUGAAUGCAGAUGUGAAGUCAGACAAAAUUUGCCAUCCUCUGUUGAAACCCUGGACUGAGUGCUGUCCUCUUCAUCCCCUUCAUUGUCACCAUACAUGCUCUUACAUGAAGAGAGGGGAGAAACCCGAAGGAUACAGGCAGAUGAGACCCAAAACGUUUCCCACCAGCAACUACAGCGGCAACAGUCAACAAAUGCUGCAGGAAAUAAGGAACAGUCUACGCAACUUGUCCAAACCCUCCGAUCCCCCUAAAGUGGAAAUUAGUGGACCUGUAAAAAUGCCUCCAGAGGACUCAAGGCAACAGGGGCGCAGCAGCAACCCCAAAAACCCCUACCAUAAGGCCUUACAGGAGAUCCGCAAAUCAUUGUUGCCUUUUGCAAAUGAGCCGAAUUCAGGCCCAGAGGUGAACAAACACAUGACGCUGGAGGCCCCUUGUGCUGGGUUUGAGGAGAGCAACAGUCGCAGUAUGGGGGCAGUCAUAGACUACAUGGGUAAGGUGACCUUCCAGGAAUCAAGGGAACCGAUGUCUGUGGCCAGUCAAAACCCUACAGGUCUAAAAGCUCCAGGAGCUCCUCAUAUCCAGCAGGCUGUGCUGAGAAGGCCAAGCUGGAAAGGGUCUAAGGAGUCUUUGGCCCCUAGACACGGUCCUCUCAUGGUGGAUGGAAUGAUGUACCGCUCAGACAGCCCUGGACCCCCGCCUGCCUUUCCACAGGGUCAUCCUGCUAACAACCAGAGGGUCAAUCCUCCUUUGCCACCUCAGGUGCGCAGUGUCACACCCCCACCAAACCGUGGAGCAAUGCCUCCUCCACCAUCCUGGGACAGCAACCCAGCAAGCAAGCGUUACUCUGGCAACAUGGACUACCACGUGCCUCGUAUAUCUCCUGUACCACAGGGGGCGUGGCCUGAUAGGAUCAGCCCAGUACCUGUGGGCCACCAACCUAUCAUAAUGCAGAGUUCUGGGGGGAAUAAGUUUACAUUUCCCUCCAGCUGGUCUCAGAACGGCUCUCCUCAAACAGACUACAUGUCAGGUGGCAGCAGGCAGCCUCCUCCCCCGUACCCUGUCAACCAGAGCAGCCGCCACAGUCCCACUGACCAGCAGAUGCAGGCGGGAGGACCUGCAUCCUCCCCCUCUUAUGCUAACGGAGGAAACAUCCCUCAGUCCAUGUUGGUACCUAACAGAAACAGUCACAACCUUGACAUGUAUAACAUAGGUCCUCCUCAGUCUUGGUCCCAGGCUCCCAUGGCCUCCAGUCAUCCUCAGUCGUCUCCUGGCAACAGCAGCAACCAGGAUCUGUCCCCAUCAUGGCAGCACAACAUCCCUGUCCGCUCAAAUUCCUUCAAUAACCACCAACUGAACGGAAGAGCAGCCCACCCAGCCAGCUCCCAGCCCUCUGCCACUACAGUCACUGCUAUCACUCAGGCGCCAAUCCUACAGCCUGUGAAGAGCAUGCGAGUUCAGAAACCUGAGCUGCACACUGCUGUCGCUCCCACACACCCCACAUGGCUACAGCAGGCUCAACAGCAGCCAGUUGCACCUGCCUACCCAGAACCCCCUGCCCCUGUGCCUCAAAUCCCUGUUGUAGCAGAAGUCCCCAGCUACCAGGGCCCCCCUCCUCCUUAUCCUAAGCAUCUUCUCCAGCAGCAGGCCACGCCUAGCCCCCCUGCCUAUGAUCCAGGGGCCAACAAGCUGAGCACAGGCAGAGAGGAGUUGGCUGAGGAGGAGAGCGGAGGGGGCGAAAGCUCCAGAGACAAGACAACAGAGAGCCCAGAGAGUACUGCAGCAACGGAGAAGGAGAAGAAACAAAUCACAACAUCACCUGUGCCUGUCCGCAGAAACAAGAAAGACGAGGAGCGGAGAGGGGAAUCGGGAAGAAUCGCACUGUACUCUCCACAAGCUUUUAAGUUCUUCAUGGAGCAACAUGUGGAGAACAUCCUGAAGAACCACCAACAGAGGAUUCGACGGAGGAAACAGCUAGAGAGUGAGAUGCAAAGGGUGGGUUUGUCAUCAGAAGCUCAGGAGCAGAUGCGCAUGAUGCUCUGUCAGAAAGAGUCCAACUACAUCAGGCUAAAGCGAGCCAAGAUGGACAAGUCCAUGUUCAAAAGAAUCAAGACCCUUGGCAUCGGAGCCUUUGGCGAGGUUUGCUUGGCCAGAAAAGAGGACACAGGAGCUCUGUAUGCCAUGAAAACACUGCGGAAGAAGGACGUUUUGCUCAGGAACCAGGUGGCCCAUGUGAAGGCAGAGAGGGACAUCUUGGCUGAGGCCGACAAUGAGUGGGUGGUGCGUCUCUACUACUCCUUCCAAAACAAGGACAACCUGUACUUUGUCAUGGAGUACAUACCUGGAGGGGACAUGAUGAGCCUCCUCAUCAGGCUCGGUAUCUUCAAAGAAGAGCUGGCUCAGUUCUACAUUGCAGAGCUCACUUGUGCAGUGGAGAGCGUCCACAAGAUGGGCUUCAUCCAUCGAGACAUCAAGCCUGAUAACAUCCUCAUAGACAGAGACGGACACAUAAAACUGACAGACUUUGGCCUAUGCACCGGCUUCCGCUGGACACAUGACUCCAAGUACUACCAGAGUGGUGACCAUGUGAGGCAAGACAGCAUGGACUUCAGUAAGGAAUGGGAAGAUCCCACAAACUGCCGCUGUACAGACCGCCUGAAGCCUCUGGAGAGGAGGAAGGCCCGGCAACACCAGCGCUGUUUGGCACACUCACUGGUGGGAACGCCAAACUAUAUCGCACCUGAAGUGCUGCUUCGAACAGGUUACACCCAGCUCUGUGAUUGGUGGAGCGUCGGCGUGAUUUUGUAUGAAAUGGUUGUCGGACAGCCUCCUUUCUUAGCGACCACACCCCUUGAGACACAGCUGAAGGUGAUAAACUGGAAAAGCAUGCUACACAUUCCCCCGUCAGCAAAGCUCAGCCCUGAGGCAUCAGAUCUCAUUGUCAAGUUGUGCCGCGGACCCGAAGACCGUCUUGGCAAGAACGGCGCUGAUGAAAUCAAAGCUCACCCUUUCUUCAGGGGCAUUGACUUUUCCAGCGAUUUGAGGCAGCAGAUGGCACCUUACAUCCCCACCAUUGCUCACUCCACAGACACCUCCAACUUUGACCCCGUGGACCCCGACAAACUGUGGAGCAGCGACAGUGACAGCGAAGACAACCACAACGACACUCUGAACGGCUGGUUCCGCAACGGCAAACACCCUGAACACGCCUUCUAUGAGUUCACGUUCCGCCGCUUCUUUGACGACAACGGUCACCCCUACAGCUGCCCCAAACCCAUCGGGUACGAGGACUUCAACGAGGAUGAGGCAGACACUGAGGGCGCUGUUCAGGAGGCAGUUGGCAGCUCGGCCAAUCGGAGCCGAGAUCUGGUCUAUGUGUAGCAUCCGAGGUCGACUGAGCUGCUUGUAUAUAACGCUUUUUGAGGGUGUUUGUAUGUGUGGAGAGGGUUCAACGGUACAGCAAUUAAAUCCUUCAGCAUAGGAGAGUAUAUUUCUAGGAAAACGCUGCAACAUAUUUUCACAUCAACAGACUGUGAUUUUAAGAGUACACAAAAUAAUACAUGGAGGAAACUGGCAAUGCAAAUAAUUCAUUUUGCUUUCUUGGCUAAAGUUAGAGGACAAACGUGGUUUUAAGGCUGCACCCAGGAGACAUUUGGUUACAGAAGGGGGGGCUUUUGAGCCCAGUCUGCAGCAGCUGCCAUGUUGAAAACACUAUCUCAGAAUAACUUUAGAUCAUCCACAGAACAAAGAGGUGCUGAGGCAGGUCUUAAGCUGCCUGAUAAACAGCUAUACCAUGUCUGCUCGCAGUCCUGUCAGCCAUGCCCCUAAUUAUGCAUGAUCAGUGUCCUUGUUUAAACCGAAACAGUUAACUAGAAAAAUUCUACCCCUGUUCAGAGUGUUUCCAUAAAGACAUGAUAUUCCCACCAAAGUAACGUAUUACACCAGGCUGUAAACGUGUUUAUUUCAGCUGUAAAAAUCUGAAUUUUAACACAGGCUAUGAAUGUGGCUUCCAGUGCUUCCUCAGCCAGACUCAGUUGCACUCCCACAUUGGCUUUCUUUUUCAGCCAGUGAGGUUGCGACUUGAUGCUGACCCUAAAGUAAGUCAUUUUAAAUUACUGAUGGGUAUAAAGAUUGACAGCAUGCCACUGUCUCCGCCUGUCCAAAAUGACCUCAGUUUUAAUUACUUCAUGGAUGAAACCUUAAGAAAUAGGACCACACGUUUUUAUUUUUAAAAGACCUUUGUAUAGUAUUUAAUUUUUUUUAUUAUGGUUUUAGUUAAUCCAACUUUGGCAUCCUCAGAGCCUGGACUGAAUAAUCUCAUGCAUCCCUAACCGUACGAUACUUGUUAAAUCAAAUGAUACCUGUGUCAAUGCCAUGGAUACAAUACUUCAAUAAUUUCUUUUUUUGUUGCAAAAUAUUCACACAAAUUACUGCCCACUACGUUAUCUCCCUUGAACAGAGCACUGAGCUUCACAUGAGUUUUGGAUAGAAUAUUGGAGGUAAUAUCUAGUUUAAAAGCUAUGGUAUUAUUCAACACUAUCAAAUAUUCUUUGGACACAAUCACCAGUUUUUAGUCCAUCAGUCCAACCUUUAAAUUAAUGCGAAAUGUUGGCAUCCCUAGCUCCAUCUCAAGUCCUCAAACUGCUCAAUCUCCUCUUACUCUGGCCAGGAAGGCAAAGCAUUUUCUUAAAAUGUUGCUGUAUGUUUUUUAGGAUUCUUGCUGCAGAGAAACUAAGAGCACAAUAAAGUCAGAAUUUUUUUUUUAACAACUUCUCUCAAACCCCCUUAAGCCUUAAUUUAUUGAAGAAAACGGUACCUGGUGAUGCUAGUAUAGAUGCUGUUCAAGUGUGGGAAUUUCUGUCCUUUGAAUUACAUUUAUCAGUUUAAAAAUGUCUUAAUUUAUAUUUUAAUGUCUGUUGUGAUGGGGAUAUUUAGUGUUGUGACUCGUAGAAACUUGCAGGGAAAAAUUGCUCAAAUUAUUCAUUGCUGUGCCUUUUUUUGAUCUUUCUUUCUUUCACCAAAUAUACCGAGGGUUAAUAAUCAGAUUUACAUGAGAGUAGCAGUAGAUGAUUGAACUACAGUAGGUUUUUGUUGUUUAUUUUUCUAAUUUAUACCUAAAAUGUAUUUAUAAAUUAAGCUGUAAAGAGUUGAUGUAAAUAUUUUUCUCUUCCCUGUCUGCUGAUUUUUCUUAGGGCAGGCCCUCGUCAGUGUCCGCGCUGCUGCCUAAUGUUCAUAUUUUGUGUCUUUCAAGCAUGCAAUACACAAACAACACUAAUUCACACCUCUCUGGCUAGAUUUUCUCCUUUUUUAUAACUCAACCAAAGCACUAAGUAGUCUUUUUUCUUUGCAAUAACACACCUUUAGGAAAAAAAAAAAUCAUAAAACCAUGAGAUGUAUAGACUUUGAUUUUGAGAAGCACUACAGCUGCCUGUCAUAUGGUGACUUUUCUGUUCUGAUUUUAAAGAAAGAAAAACUGGACGAUGGACUGACGGAGAUGAAUCUGCUCUCUAUCAUAUGAGGAUUUUUGUAACGCUCUACUUUUGUUCAUGUUUUUAGGAAAAGAUCUCUGAAUGUAGUAACGGACUCUUAAUGGUGACUACUCGUCUGCACUGGUUUUGUGUUUUUGUUGUAAGAGAGAGAAUUUUUAUUUUUGUGUACAUUGUUGGGUACAGGGAAGAGGGUGAGAAAUAAAGAAUGUAAGGAACAAAUCACAUUUUAC